AUGCAGAAAAAGGGAAAGCCACUUUUCGCGGCUCCGAGGCGGGGCAUCGCCAAGCGGUACAGCAUCGAGGGGAUCUUGGAGCUCUUGGAUGCCGCGACCGGGAAGUCGGAGCCUAGAAGGUACGACUUUGUCCACAUGCCUGGCGGCGGAGACUCACAUGCGGGGCUCGCCAUCGUGAACUUCGUCGAUGCCACCUCUUGUAGGACGUGCUACGAAUAUGUGCGCGAUCUCCAGGAGAGAGGCUCGCUCCCUGGCAUCAAGAGCAUUGGCCGCUCUCGUGUGCAGGGCUUCGCAGAGCAGCGCGGCUGA